GGAAAAAGAAUCCGAGUAUCUCAACAGUUUAAUACUUUACAGAUAAUGCCGUAUAUCUUCGUUCGCGGCACACUGGAUCGUACUGGACUUUUCAGCAAUGAAACGUUCAUUGACUUUGAAAACGUUGAAGAUGGAAACGGCGAAUUUGUUGGUGCAAUCCUCUCAAGGCAGUUCGGUUGUGCAUAUUAUAGUGUCACUGGACAUAAUGGAUACCCACAACAACAAGGACAACAAAUGCAGUGGCAGUUCUGGCCGUUGUCACCCAAUACUUUUUGUACGAUCGGCGUCGCUAUGCAACCAACGGUCGUGCUUAACAGGCUGGAGAUCGUGGGCUACAAAGUUGUUGCAGCAAACCAACAGCGUCCUUUAUCAGUUCAUCGCUCUCUAAUUCAUCGCCAUCAAGGUCAGUGGCCUCCAUGCCCAGUGAGUUAUACUUUGUGGACUCUACACAAGCCACUGCCCUGA